GAACCACAACCACAUACAUCGAAUCUAGUACCACGGUUCUUUUUCUUCAUAAAUCUUCGAGCGAUUCCAACGAAAAAAUACGACGCAGAAUUGUGUUCGUCGGUCAGUUGUAAAAGUUUUGUUGAAUGAGUAACAACACUGAAGAUAUUCUCAGUAAAACCUCAUGAUGUAGAAGUUAAUUUAUUGUUUAUAGAAGAACGGGGUGAUUAGUUUAAAUAAGGGACAAUGGCAAAAUGGUUACCUAUCAUAUCAACUUUAUUGUUACCUCUAGCAGUUCCAACGAAUUUUGAAGAGUUUCCAAUUUGCAAAUUCCACCUUAGCCUCCAAGGACAACAGAUGACUUGUUCUAAUGCCAAUAUGAAUUUUUUUCACAUGUUCGACAUUCCUCUUAAUCGCACUCAUUGGUUCAAAUGCCAAAAUUGUUCUUUGGAUAUCCUCGACGAGACAACGUUCAAUUUCCCGAAGUUGAACAAUAUUUCCAUAGUGGAUUUUCACAAUUGCGGUGUUAGGGUAUUAAGAAAACACGCUUUCGAGAAAUUUUUUUUAUUAAAAAUAUUAAUUUUACAUAAUAAUAGUAUACAAAUGUUGGAAACUAUGUGUUUUAUGGGAGUAAAGAGGUUAAUGCAUCUCGAUUUGAGUACAAAUUAUAUUAAAAUAUUAACCAACAAUUUAUUUUUAGAUCUAGAAAACUUGGAUGUAUUAAAUUUGAGUUUCAAUCGAAUCGUUUUUAUAAAUUCGGAAGCUUUUUCCGGUUUAUAUAAUCUCAAAUAUCUUUAUUUGAAUUAUAAUCAACUGGAUAAAUUAGAGGAAAAUAUGUUCAGGCAUUUACGUAACCUAAAAAUUCUGUAUUUAGAACACAACAGAAUCCACAAUAUCCACCCAAAUACUUUUAAUAAUUUAAUAAAUUUACAUUUUUUAUAUAUCAGCCACAACAGUAUUAGUUAUUUAGUUCAAUAUAAUUUUAAGCAGUUAACUAGUCUCAUAGAUCUACAAUUGAGUUAUAAUAAUUUAACAGAAGUACAAACAAGUUCAUUUAACGGUCUGAAAAAUCUUCGAUCUCUUCAUUUAGGUAAUAAUUUCUUAAAAACAGUCAAACCCUAUGGUUUCAUAGGUUUGGAUAAUAUAGAAAUAUUAGAUUUAGUUAAUAAUUUAUUCGAAUACAUCGAAUUUUUUGAUUAUUUCGGCCACAUGGAGAAACUAAGAUAUCUAUGGUUGAACAGAAAUUCAAUAAACAAAAUAAAUUUCGAUUAUAAAUACGCAGUACAAAAUUUGUUGACAGUUCUCGAUGUCAGUGAUAAUAAUUUAACCAGUUUUAACUUUAAAACGCUUUAUAAAAAUCUACCCAACGUUAAAGAAAUUGUGGUAGCAAAUAAUUCUUUAAAUUGUGAUUUUAGCUUGGAUAUGUACAAGUUUUUCGAAAAUAUCAAUGUUACAGUGUGUUCUAAUUAUAACUGUGAUCCAAUUUCUACAGAAACUGUUUGUAUUAAUGAUACUGACGAAGUAACAGAAUUAGAAAUAGAGGAUUUUCCCAUGGAAUCUUCUAUAAACACAGGGAUCCGACUAAACUACUCAAUGUUGUAUCUGAUAGUGGUUUUGCUAGAAUGGCUAUGAUUUGCCUAAGUCUAUUUGUAUGAAUGAGAGAGUGAUAAAAUGAUGAAGCAUUCGUAAUCCAUAGGCGUAUCAUUUCUUUUAGUACGCAGUUAACAUAUUUUUUUCAAAUAUAACUCCAGUAUUUCCGUAUAAAAUAACAUUUAUAUGAUGAAACGUUCAUCUUGGUUGAAAAAUGGAAUUAAAUCUCAAACAUUUUCGUGCGAUGAUGUUCUAUGAUUAUCGAUGGGAUUAAAACAAAAGCAUUUUGCCCAUCAACUCGUUUCAGUUUUUUGUGGUGAAGCACCAUCUCCUGCCACCGUGUUUCGCUGGUUUUCCGAAUCCAAUCAUGGUGACACUUUGCUACAGGAUGAAUUUUGUAAAGGUCGUCCAAAAUCGGCUGUUGUAGCACAAAACAUCGAUGAUGUGCGUAAGCUGAUCGUCAUAGGACAUACCAUGAUAUUGAGGCUUACUUGAGCAUUAGAUCUACUCGCAUACAUUCAAUUUUGCAUGAACAUUUGGCUGUUGAAAAGAUUUGGUCGCGUUGGAUAUCGCAUAAUGUGACAAUCGCUAACAAAAAGCUCGGUGCAAAUAAAUACUAAAAAAAUUCAAUCGCGGUGUUUAAUAAAACGUCUAUAAGAUCGUGAUAGGCAACAAAUCAUUGAUCUAUACAUGAACCCAAAACUAAACAACAAUCGAAUGCAUGGGCUUUUCAAAACGAGCACACGAGGCGCUUCGAAGCAAAUAGUCACUUAUUUUUUCGAAAUAACUGGAUAUAUCACUAUCGUUCCAAUAGAGUAACUUAGAACGGUCAACUAUGUACGGUAGACCAGCAUUUGUUUGCCAGAAGUGUUCGAAAAAGUCAGGGAAACCAAUGGCAGAAGAAGAAUCAUUAUCCACAUAUCAGUUAAACAAAAACUGUUUUGAACAGUCAAAACAUCGGAUUGAUGGGUCAUCCGCCGUACAGUCCUUGUUGGGCACUCAAUGAAUGCAACAGUAGCAAGUAGAUGUACAUUUAUAUUUUCAUUCAAAUAAUCUACUUCUAAACAGCUGAAGGUAAAAAAGUGCAUUUUGUAAAAUGUUCCAAUUUUCCACAUGGUAUGUUGAAAAUACACCUACAGCUUUGACUUUUGAACAGGUAACGUUCAUAAAUAAUAAUUUUAAAAUGAAAAAUCACCAGUAUAAGUGGAGCUACUUCUUACAAAUCCAAAUUAGAAGCACAAUCAAAAGAUAAACUGUUGUAGCCAAUAUUUACAAUGAAAGACUCAAUAUUGGUUUACCGCCUUUUUCUACCUUUCAGGUUUUAGAUUAUUUACACCCUCCAAAAACCACUGCUUGAAACAACUGAUUUUAAAAAAAAUAUUUGUUUUUGAAAUUCCUUCCUUUAUCGCAAUGAUGUCUCUAUUUUUUUUUAAUUACCCACAGAACUGAGAUGGAACUUAAUAAUCCGUAAAUCUUUUUGUGCCCAUUUGAUUCUGUGUGAAAAUUUAGAGUGAUACGAGGUCUGGCUAUUAAAUAACGAAGCAGCGCGCCUAGAGGUCGCCCUAGACGGGUGGGGUAAAAAACGACUAGUGCGUUGGGUCUCUAGUUAUCUUGUCUAUGCACGUCCCAAAACACGUUUCCGUCACUAUUAUAGUAUUUGUGCAGUAGUGGUUUGAAACGAACGUGUUUUUACUCGUGACGAAAAACAGCAGCAACGUAUUAAUCUCAAAUCUCUGGUUAAAUUGAAAAAAAACCCAACUGUGUGCUAUAAAUUGUUGCAAGAGGCCUAUGGGGACAAUUCUCUAUCUCGUUCGCAUGUUUUUGAGUGGUGUAAGCGCUCUAGUGACGGCCGAGAGAGCACUGGAGAUGACCAGCGCCCAGGUCGCCCUGCGACUGUUUCAACUCCGGAAACAAUGACAAAAAUCAAACAAAUUGUGCGUGCAGAUCAUCGAAUGAGCAUCCGGAUGGUUACCGAGGCUGUAAACGCCGAUAAAGAAACGGUUAGAAAACUUGUACACCAGGAAUAACACAUGACAAAAUUGUGAGCGAAGUUGGUGCCAAAAAAUCUGACUCCUGUGUGCUUUGAAAGGGUCCCGAUUUGAGUCGAUGGAAGUGGUAAAGCAAAAAACGGCAGAGCUUCUAAAGACCUUCACCAAAGAAGACUUCCAGCAAUGCUUCGAUCAAUGGAAAGAACGUAUGGAAAGGUGUGUGGCAAAGGGAGGGGUGUAUAUUGAGGGAGAGCAUUCGAAUGCAGAAUAAUUCUUAUAAUAAAACCCUGUUCCGUAACACGUUUUGUUAUUUAAUAGCCGGACCUCGUAUGUUGUAUUACUAUUACAUAGUUCUUAGGAAGAAAAUUUAUUAUUUAUCCGAACCAUCAAUUAAAGACAUCAGCAUUCAUGUCCUCAUAGUCAUCAUCGGUACGAAUAGGUUCAAAAGUCAAUAAACCAUAUUUAUCAAAAUCGUUUGAACUGCCCUUGUAUAAUAUUAUCAGUAUGCCUCCUAUUCCUGUUGGUGGAUUAGAACUGGUAGAUAAAUAAUUUGAAAAAGCCAGUAUUAGACUUGUAACAGUUUAACCUUGCCAAAAUUUCUUUGGUGUAUGUCCCUCAUUUAUCCGUGCUUCAUUUAAAUAAAAUAUAUUUAGAAUUACUUUUAUAGACCUUAGGUAAUUUCUUCUCCAUACUCUAAUAGACUCUCUGGAAUGUUUUUAAUAGCGAAAAAAUAAUUCUUUUGAAACUACGGAAGUGUGUAAUACUUGUAAAUUGUAGAUUUUCCAACAGUAAUUGUACUACUUACUGUGCCAUAAGCAAGUUUUGCAUUAGAAAUUAAGUUUUAUUACUCACUUGUUCGUAAAAAUAGAAUAUAAUUGAUCGAACUUUGUAUUUUUGAGAGAAUUUGAACCUUUUCAAGAUCGAGUAUUCAGAUAAGAUGGUUGAGUUGUGGUAUUUAUAAUAUUUAGGAAUACAUUUUACACCAAAUUCUUUUUUAUUUUACAUAUAUUUAUUAUUGUUACCUACCUCAUUUGUUUUUGUUGUUUUACGUGUAAAUAAAUAGAUUUGCAAAGUC